AUGGUCCAUUCUGCUAUACUGAGGGAAGCAGUCUCAAUCCUGGCGACACCGCUUAGCGUGAUGGUCCCACACUCGCUAAGGCGAGUCAAACUACCGGAAAAUUGGAAGAUGACUCACAUCACACCAGUUUUCAAGGGAGGUCGACGCAGCGAAUCUUCAAGUUACCGACCGGUGGUUGUUCUCUCUAUACCUUCAAAAAUUAUGGAGUCCCUGAUAUGCGACGGUUUAUUCGACUAUCUACUGUCCUUAAAUUUCUUCUCAUCCCAACAGCAUGGUUUCAGGAAGGGCUACUCUUGUAUAA